AGCAGGAGUUUAGAGGACUAAAACAUCACUACUCAAGCAGACUUCAUUUAGGGAAGCCUAUAGGUAAGAAGCCGUCUGUCUGUCUUAUCUCGGAUGUUCUCUCAAUGAAACUCCUCGUUGGCGGAGACACCGGCACGAGCGCGGAUGUAUUCGAGAGCGAAAGAACUGACUUUUCUUCAAACUUGUAGCAACCAGCGUUUCCUGCCUGUCAGUGACUUUAGAGCUUGAUGAAACUUUUUUUUUUUUUUUUUUUUUUCUUGAAUGAGGCUGGCACAUCUGGACGCAGGACUGUCGGAGCUGUCAAGUCCAGCGCAAACUUUUAGACGGACGUGACUUUUCUUUUAUUCAUCCCCAAACUUAGAAGAGUUAUACUGGAACCAGUUUGAAUUGAAAGCUCCUCCUGUAAUUUUUGCAACUUUUAUUUACUUUUCAUUAUUAUUAUUAUUAUUAGUAUUAUUAUUAAUAUUAUUAUUAUUAUUAUUAUUAUUGUUAUUAUUAUUAUUAUUAUUAUUAUUAUUAUUGAGCGUAAACAUGGAACACUCGGUCCUCAGACUGACAUGCGUUUUGGUGGUUAUCUGUCUGCUGGAUAAAAGGGUGGAUUCCAAUGAGAUCUUAGGUCUGAAGCUUCACAACAUCGAACCCAUCCUGAAUGCCAACACAGUUUGCAUGACGCUACCCGGUUUGACGAAACGCCAGCUGGAGGUGUGCAUGCGCAAUCCGGAUGUGACGGCUUCGGCAAUCCAGGGGAUCCAGAUUGCCAUCCACGAGUGCCAGCACCAGUUCAGAGGGCACCGCUGGAACUGCUCCAGCCUGGAGACAAGAAACAAAAUCCCCUACGACAGCAUAGUCUUUAAAAGAGUGUGCACAGGAAAGCUGGUCAUGGUUGACUGGAUUAUGAAUGACGCUAAAUACAAGUCAGUCAUGGAAGAAAAAGCCAUUAAAGUUUGA